ACAGUGUGUCUGUCUGUGUGUUGAUUGUGAGUAGUGUUGUGUCGGAUAUGCAGUGAAUGUGUGACUCGUUUACUGUUAGUGACUGUCAAUCAAUACACUGACCACUCAUUGCCGACCAUUGGAUUCAAUUGAAGUGAUGUUUGCUUUUAGUCAUUGCAUGCAGUGAUCGCUGAUCCUAUCAAUGCGCGCAUCGAUGGCUCACUUUUGCACCCUUCGUCAUAAUGUCUUGUAAUGGUGUGACUGUGAUGUGUUUGCGACCACUCAUUGAUUAUCACUCUUAAGAUAAUUAGGACAUCACUCGCGCGGACACACACACCAUGUCUUUGCAUCAGCGGUACAGCUCGUGUCCACACAUGAGCCAAAUGGCGGACUUCACGCUGGAGGCGAUCGUCGGCCGCGAUUGCUGUCAGAUAUGCGGCACUUCUGGACCUAAUCUGUGGGUCUGUGUGACCGAUGAGUGCCAUCUGUUCACCGCAUGCGGCGAAGGAGUGGCCGACCACUCGACCCAACACUACCGCCAGAACCCCAGCCAUCGCCUGACACUCAACUCAACCACUUUCAGGAUCUGGUGCUAUGAGUGCCAAACGGAAGUGAUGGUCGAGAACAACACCACCGCCGCCGCCAUCGACGACCACAACAAGAUGGACACCAUUAGCAGCCACGACAGCACCGGCGGACACAUCCGCACCAAUCAGGUCUACGUCGCCGACAUCACCGACGAUGAGACCACCGAUGAGGAGGAAGUGCUCAUUGAUUCCGAGAGCAAACCUCGAGGUCUGACGGGACUCCAGAACUUAGGCAACAGUUGUUAUAUGAACGCUGCGCUACAGUCGCUGUCCAACUGUCCCCAAUUGAGCCGUUUUAUGCUCGACUGUCACUCCUAUGUCCGCAAACCGGGAAUCGCUAAGAGUUACUGCCGUCUAAUCAAAGAGAUUUGGGACAAUCGACGGCCCAGUUAUGUGGUGCCCACGGGUAUAGCCCACGGAAUCAAAUCGGUGUUCCCGUUGUUUCGCGGUUAUACCCAACAGGACGCCCAGGAGUUCUUGCGAUGCUUUUUGGAUCAGUUGCACGAAGAGCUCAAAGAGACUCAUUUCAGUGACCAGUGCUCGGCUCACGGGAACCAGUUUUGCAAUUAUUUGUACGCCAAUAGCAAUAAUAAUAACAUUAACAUCAAGAGCAAUGAUAUGGACACCAAUGCCUCCAUCAAUAUGAAUGGCAUGAAUGAUAUGAACAGUGAUUCCGAGACCAAUUCGGACGCCGAUUACGAAACGUGUGAUUCGGGUCUGAGUUCGGAAAAGAGUGCUUUUGGUGGCGAUGAGCCCGACAUGAAUGGUGUGAUGAACGGAGACAAUAGCGACCACAUGACCACUAAUAUAGACGAUAUCGAGCUUAACAGCCGGUCCGCGUCGCCCACUAUGGGCUCAUCCAUAACGUCGCCGACGUCUCAGUCGCCACUGAGAGGCGGAUCGAUGGCGUCGAUGGCUUGCAGUCAAAGCAGUCAAACCCAUAGUCAGUCACAGACGACACCGCGAAAGGCGAAGACAUUUCGGAGUAUUAUUUCAGACAUUUUCGACGGAAGAAUCCUGAGUUCAGUUCAAUGCCUUAAAUGUGAUAACAUAUCGACCACUCGCGAGACGUUUCAGGACCUGUCGCUCCCGAUCCCCAGUAGGGAACAGCUGCUUAUGUUAAGACAACAGCAGCAACAGCUCAAUCACAUCCACAACCAAACCGUGAACCAAACUCUUCAGUCACAGGCGGCGCAGACAAUGUCGGCGUCGUUACUGGAUUUGACGAAAGACAACGUGACAGGUAUCUACAGCUGGCUCUGGGAUUGGGUCGACUGGUUCAUGGGGUGGGUGUUGGGCCCGACGGUCACCCUUCAGGACUGCUUGAGUGCGUUCUUCUCGGCCGAUGAGCUCAGAGGGGAUAACAUGUAUUCGUGCGAAAAGUGCAAUAAACUCAGGAAUGGAGUCAAGUAUUCAAAGGUCUUAGAGUUGCCGGAGAUCUUGAGUAUACAUCUCAAGCGGUUCCGACACGAACUCAUGUACUCGUCGAAGAUAUCGACGCACGUGUCGUUCCCACUCGAAGGACUGGACAUGUCGUCAUACAUGGCUCGCAGUGGCAAUCAGUCGACUGACGGCAAUGCGUACGACUUGGUGGCCGUCAUCUGUCACUUGGGAACGGCAGCCUCGGGUCACUACACGGCCUACGCUCUGAACCAAAGCAAUCAAGUGUGGUAUGAGUUCGACGACCAGUACGUGACGUCAGUGGACGCCCAACAGGUGGCCAACUGUGACGCCUAUGUGUUAUUCUACCGGAAGUCUAACGACGAGAUGAAUAAGCGUCGGGUGCGGGCGCUGGAGCUGAUGAGGCUGUCGCGCAGCGAGCCAUCGGUGGUCCACUUCUACGUGUCCAAGCAGUGGGUGAACCGGUUCAACACGUUCUCAGCACCGGGACCAAUAACCAAUUGUGAUUUCCUGUGUCAACACAACGCCGUCGACCCGCAAAAGGCGCCUAUAGUUCACGAGUUGUGUACCAUAUUCUCGCACUCCGUGUGGGAGUACUUUCAGAUGACUUUUGGUGGCGGACCCGUCUGUACCCAGUUAUACGUGUGUCAGAUCUGCUGUACGACUGCCGCCGCCGACAAAGACACGACUGACCGCCGAAGACGUUCCAAACAUAAUAAAUCCAAUUCCAGUGAAUGAAUGCACUCCUUAACCACCGAUUGAUUCAUCCAUUCACUGAUUCUUAUGAUUGUAAUUGUAUUUGAAAUGAAAUGGAAAUAAUUUAGUGAUAAAUUUGAAAUGUUUUUAAAGUUUUCAAUAUAUAUUAUAUUUAUCUCGAAAGAUCCCAAAUUUAUUUUUCAAUUGUUUGAUACCUAGCCUUAAAGUCUAAUUAUUGUAUUUGUAUUGAUG